AGUUUCUUGGUAAACCUCAGACGUGCUCAACUCAAGCAAAAAUUAAACGAAUUUAGAUUAAGUUUUAGUGGUGGUUUUUCUGCAUGGUGUUUUAAUUUUUUAUAAACGAAAAUAAACAAAAGCCAAGGCAUAAUAAAUACACGCGGGCCGUUAUAAAUAAAUAAGUUGCAAAACGAAAGUGGAGUACAAUUAAAAUUUGCAUAUUUAUUUGAUUUUACACUAAAUAAGAUUCAUUUGUUCGCUCCCAAAUUUGACCGCAGCAGCUGCUUGAGCGCGGCGCCAUGCAUCGACACGGAUAUGGAAUAUGUUUAGCUAUUGCUGUACUCUUGAGUCAUCUGCUCAACUGCAUAGCUGAACUGAAUGACUCGACGCUGCAAUUCCAUCAAUAUAGCCAUCAAUUGCUCAACAAUAGCAUUAGCAGCAGCAGCACCACCAAUCUCUGGCCUUCUUCGCACCCAGACAAGGACUUGGAGUUGACAGUCGGUGCUGCUGCAAAUGCUGCUUCUGAUGUCUCGAAGAGUGACGAUAGAUAUGCUGCAAUGCUGGCCUGCAGCUCAGUCAUCUAUGGCCUAGCAGAGGUGGCCAAUGCGAGCAACACGAGUCCGAUCUGCCUGACGCAAUUGCAGCACUUGCAGCGAGGCAUCCUCAGCAAACAGCCUUGGGCUAUGAAAGUGCUCGAUGCCUCUGGUUCCAAGCCAUCGGGUUUUGUAUUUGGGCAAAACUACUGGCUGGGCAGUCGGGAGGCAUGCAACAUGGUGCAGCAACCGGUGGCCAUAACACUUUCCAAGAACUUCGAGCGGAUUAUGAACCAUGGACUCAUGACGCAGCAGUCGCCCUUCGACAUAGACUAUCGGGUCAUUUAUUUGCGCCAUAAUUCACCGUGGCAGGUGGAGAUUAAGCUGAUGUCCGAGCAGAUCAUACACAUUGGCCUUUGCCUGCCAACCGCGUGCCAGUCCAGCGAAAUCAAGCAGCUGGCCAUGGACUAUGUAGCGGGCAGCUUCACGGACAACGACAUCUUUGAGAUGCAGCCUGAAGUGCUAUACAUGAAGGAUCUGAAGCUGCGCGAUGUGUUCUACGACCGACUCAGCUUUAAGCUUGUCGUCGGCUCCGUGUUGAUCACGUGCGCCUUCAUGCUGUGCGCCCAGCAGAUCAGCGUAGCCAAGCAACUGCCGUCGGAGGAGAAUGAGGAUGGGGCUGGAUUGGCUCCGGUUGAAUCAGAAAUAUGGCGAGCAAUGCACUCCCUGCUCAAGUGGCAUCCGCUGCAGAGUUUCGUCAGCUGUUACGAUGUCGCCAGCAAUUGGCGCCGCAUCUUUGCCACGCGCGAGAGCAAAUCCUCAGAGAUACCCUUGCUGAAUGGACUGCGUUCGGUGUGUGCAGUCCUUAUAUUGGUAUUCCAUGUGAUGUGGUUUAUGUAUUUUACGGUGCACAAUAAAACGGUGCUCCUUAGCUAUGCGGAGCAGAUAGUUUUUCAGUACGUUGCCACUGCUCCACUGCUAGUCGAUGUAUUCUUUACCAUCAGUGGCUUUCUACAGACCUACAAUUUUAUGCGUAAUGUCAAACAAAUGGAGGCAGUGCGUCAAAAUGACCUCGUGGCAAAUAUUAAGCUCUUUGGCAAGCUGCUCUUUCAUCGCUAUUUGAGACUGGGCCCGCUUUAUCUGAUUAUCAUGGGCAGCGUGGAUUUGGUAUUCGCCUACCUUGGAGAUACCUCGGUUUACCACAUCAAUGACCGCUUCGAUGAGCUGUGCUCUCAGCAUUGGUGGCGCAAUCUGCUCUUCAUACAGAAUCUAUUCCCUUUCAAAGACAUGUGCGUCAACUGGACGUGGAGCACUGCCUGUGAUAUGCAAUUCUUUUUGUUUGCCAACUUGAUAUUAUUUCUCUAUGCCAAGCGCCCCAAGUGGGCUCAGUAUGUAGCUGUUGCUAGCCUAUUGGCAAGCAUUAUUUUGUCCUAUGUCCUUGGCCUCUACUACAAGUAUGAGUUCUCCUUUGAUACGAUCUACGCAACAGGCACUCAACUGUAUAUAAGUCCCGUAGUUCGCGUGAUGCCCUACAUUGUUGGUUGCAUUGCCGCCUGGUGUCUUCUGGAGUGUCGACUUCAAGACAAAAUACGUGAACGGAAAUCUCGCAACUUCUGGCAUUCCUCUCUGCUAGUCUUCUUCGUCAGCAUGCAUUCGACAUUCAAGCGCGAUCUUGGCAGUCUGCUCACCGUCUCAUUAUAUGUGCUGGGAAGAUUCUUCUUUUCGAUAAGUAUUUGCUGGAUGAUUGUGGGCAGCGCAACGGGGCGUGGCGUCUGGUGGUCUCGCUUGUUGGAGGCUCGCUGCUUUCAGCACCUGAAUCGAGUGUCCUAUGCUGUUUAUCUGCUAAAUCCGCUGGUGAUUUCCAUUAUUUAUAGCCUAACAACCGCCAGCACACAUACAGAUCCCCCCAUGCUGUUCGUUGUCUCCUGUGGCUUUACUAUUAUUAUUUACCUAAUAUCCAUUAUAUUUUCAAUGGCAUUUGAGCUGCCAUACAGCAACUUGUCCAAUUUGCUUUUGCGUAAACCAAAAACUACUUAAGUUGUGAUUAACGACUGUUCUGUGAACAGUGUUUUCCAAACAAAAAUUGAAUUUAGUAUACGGUGAAAUUUCGUACAUAAUACCCAUAGCCAGUUUUAUUAAUAACACUACGAAUAUAAGAUAAUAUUAAGUUUUACUUGCUAACCAAAUAAAGAAAACCAUACGAUUUUAAAUUCAAA